AGCACUUCCGGCUCGGCAACAACCUGGAACUGGCGGUCUUAAGUCGGCCUUUGCUCCGACGCUCCGCCUUCCUUCCGGUCUUUCUGGAAACCAGUUUUGCUGCUGGCGGGGCAGCAGAGUUGCAGCGUUCCAGACGCGCGUGUGAGUCUCCCAUGGCGGAUACGGCUUCCAACGGCCCCCAAGGGGCGGGCGCAGUGCAAUUCAUGAUGGCCAAUAAACUGGACACUGCGAUGUGGCUUUCUCGCUUGUUCACAGUUUACUGCUCUGCUUUGUUUGUUCUGCCUCUUCUUGGGUUGCAUGAAGCUGCAAGCUUUUACCAACGUGCUUUGCUGGCAAAUGCUCUUACCAGUGCUCUGAGGCUGCACCAAAGAUUACCACAUUUCCAGUUAAGCCGAGCAUUCCUGGCCCAGGCUUUAUUAGAGGAUAGCUGCCACUACCUGCUGUAUUCACUCAUCUUUGUCAAUUCCUACCCUGUUACAAUGAGUAUCUUCCCAGUCCUGUUAUUCUCUUUACUUCAUGCUGCCACAUACACGAAAAAGGUCCUUGAUGCAAAGGGUUCAAAUAGUUUGCCUCUACUGAGAUCUAUGUUGGAUAAAUUAAGUGCUAAUCAACAGAAUAUUCUGAAAUUCAUUGCUUGUAAUGAAAUAUUCUUGAUGCCUGCUACAGUUUUUAUGCUUUUUAGUGGUCAAGGAAGUUUGCUCCAGCCUUUCAUAUACUAUAGAUUUCUUACUCUUAGGUAUUCCUCUCGAAGAAAUCCAUAUUGUCGGACCUUGUUUAAUGAACUGAGGAUUGUUGUUGAACAUGUAAUAAUGAAACCUGCUUGUCCAUUGUUUUUGAGAAGACUUUGUCUGCAGAGCAUUGCCUUUAUAAGCAGACUGGCACCAACAGUUGCAUAGUUCAGCAUCCGCUAAGUUAUAUAUAAGUUUGAAUUUUCAUAGACAAUUGCAGCAGUUCAGAUGGCUUUUGAAAGGAAUGUAACUGAAGAUUGAGCAAAUGACUCUACUUGGUGUCUGUUCUGAAAUAAUAAUGAAGAUUAUACUGUAGCUUACAUACUUAUCCAUCAAAUCUGAUUUAAAGGUUAAAUGAAAGAAUUUAGAGGUAAGAUAAUUGAUUGGGAAUGAGGCUGGAAGAGCAGUUGUGGGGGGAUAAAAUGUGCAUUUCAUAGAUAAAUUUGAAGGAAUUGGAUGUAUUAUGCAACUGUGAUUUGUUGUAUGUAUGUUGAGUCCUGUUCAUUAGGCUUCCAUCAACUCUUUUAUAAAAUUCCAUUCUGAUCUUUAUUACUGUUGCAUGAUUGGAAAUGUUUAAAACAUAGCAAACAUUUUAGUACAAAGUAAUGUAAAAGUUUUUGUAACUAGCUUUCUGUCUGCAUGUAAUUUGGAUUUCUCAAAUACAUUCAAUAGUAACUUAUCAGUAAUGUCAGUUUUCUUUUUGUUCAACUUUCCAGUCUAUAGAAAUGUGAUGUCUACUUGAUAGUUCAGCUGUAAUGAGCUACUUUGUAAUAUUUAUCUAUUACGUUAGAGAAGCAGCCUCAUAACAUACAGUUGAUUUUGUGUGUGUGUGAUGGAUGGGCUAGCCUCAUUAUUAUAUAUAUAAUCUGAUGGUUUUAAGAACUAAAUUUUCUAGAGCAAUAAAGUGACUAUAAUGUUAAGUAAACAGUAUAUUAUUGAUUUCUAAUGAUGUCUUUAAAAAUUAAGUCUUGAAUUGUAUCAAGAAAUUUUGGCAGCUGAAGGCAUAUUUUUAAGUUACUAGUGUUUUUUGUUUUCUACAAUGUUUUUAGAUCUUGAGAUAAUUUUAGGCUUACAGAAAUGAGUUGCAAAAAUAGUAGAGAGUUCUUGUAUACCCUUAAUUCACCUUCCCUUAAUGUUAACAUCUUGCAUAACUAUACAGCAUUUAUCAAAACUAAGAAGUUAACCCUGGAACAAUACUGUUAACUGAAGUAGAGAACUACUGAGAUGUCAUGUUUUUCUUUUUGUGUGCUGUUUUGGUCAUAAUUGUCUUUUACUUUAAUGACCUACAGGUAUGCCUCUGUUUUGAGUUUUCUCUUUUUUAAAAUUACUGUUGUGAAAAAGUUUUUCCUAAAGGAAAUAAUCCAUGCUGGCUUUAACAAAAAGAAUUUUAACAUAAAAACUAUUAUAAUUUAAAACACUCUAUGCUUUAAAAGUUGAGGCUUCUUACCACAUAAAUAGGAUUAUAUUUCUGUUAUGCUCAUGUUUUAUUCUUUGGUCUUUAAAAGAAGGCUGGGUUUAUUAUAAAAUACUCCUAAACUCAUGAAAAAGUAAAUUUUACAAUUUAAGCAUUGCUAGAUAUUUAGUUUGCAUGAUCUUAUAGUUAGAAGUUCUGCAAUAUGAUUAUGUACAGGCAGCUGAUUUGGCUUCUGAAAUUGUAUAAUGUAUACCAUCUACAUACUACAAAAUAGCAUGUAGAAUGACUGCAGUAGGAGAAAUUACAGCUGCAUAGCUAAGCUUAUUUUUACCCAUAGGUUUUAAAAAAAGUUAACAUUUGGAGUAUCUAAUUCUUUAGAGAAUGAUAUUGUUCUAUUAUUUUUAGACAUUAAGACCUCUUGGACAACCCUCAUAUAAAACCUACUUUAGUCUAACAAGGAUUCUGUAUUCCUUUUGUAUGCUUGAAAUUUAUUCUCUAACUUUAUUGCAAAGAGAAAUUUCUUGAAAACAAUUUGUAUUUAAAUUUUCUUCAAAUAAAAUUACCCUAGGUAGGUGCUUUUGGAAGUAAACAAGAAAGAUAAUUUUUAAAAUUAAAUUUAGAUAUUUAGGAACCUCCCUUACAAGGAAAGUCAAGACAUGCUAAUAUUAGACCAGAAGUUAUGAAAGAUUUAUGAUGUCAGUUGUUUAAGAAUUAUAAAGCUAUUGGAAUACUUCAUUUUUUCCUAAGAAUCGGGUUCAGAAAUUCAGAUUAGGUUUUGUCAGUUUAGGACAUGAAUAUUAUUUGCCCUGGAAAGGAAAAUGAGUGUAUAUGUAUUAAGACAAGUAGAACUGAGAGAUUCCAGUUUUUUUAAGUUUGGGUCAGAAUGAACAAAAUCAAUUUUGAGAAAUUGUGGUAAAGACCCGUAUCUAAUGCUAAGGAAUUUAUUUUGAUUAGUACAGUUAUUUUGAAGUUCCUCUUCCCCUAUCCCUGCCCAAAUUUCCUUAGGAUCUGCUACCCUCAAAGCUCUCACCAAAAUUUCAACUGAUUUUGAUACUUAGGUCUGUAUUGAAAAACCUCAAGGGAGAAAGUAAUCAGACAGUUGUAUUUAUAAGCAGUAGGUGGCGCUCGUUCCUCAGUUAGCACCCCAGGAAAUAUAUGCCAUGUUGGAAGUUUAAAUGCCACUAAAAGUGCUGAGUCAGCUACAGAACCUAAGGAUCUGAAUUCAUGACCCUUUUUAAUAUGUAAUUACUCAAUAUUCAGGGAACUUUUAUUAUGAGUACAUUUGUUAAUAUUGAACUGUUCAAAAGCCCUAAGUAACCUUUUAAUGUCUGGUUUCUAGGUCAACAGUGACAUGGGCCACUUAGGAAGUGGCAUUAUUCAGAUCAUGGUCUCUUUUUUUUUCUUCCUUUUCAUUGUAAGUGCCUAAAUCACCUAAACACAUCAAUUAUAAAAUUGUUCUUUAUCCUUCAUUUUCAGCUGUAUAGAAAAUUGGUACUUUGAAUUUUUUUUGUGGUCAUUUGUUAGGUACACAAGAUAUAGCUAGUUCAACCUCUUAAAAUUUAGACUUUUAAUAGUAAUAAUGAAAGCAUAACAAUUUUUGGGUAUUAGAUUAGGAAUGGUACCUAGGCUUGCAAAUUCAGUUUGGAGUUGCAAAGACAACUGGUUUCUCUUAACACCUCAUGGGAAUUUUUCUAAGACUAGGAGAAUUCUGCAGAGGCUAUAUAAUGGUAUAGCUCAACAGAUAGUAUACUAAAGGCAUACGUUUACAAAUCCGGGGUUAUUUCCAAAGUUUGUUUUAUGAGCAGUCCUCUUAAAAUGUUCUGGGUAGAAAGUUGUUACUAGAUUUGGUAUUAAGGAUAAGAAAGGAAGUGCUAAGUUUGGGAGAUUUCUGGUAGUAAUUAUUCUAGGACAUGUUUAUCUUCUAAAACGGUAUUUAGGGGUAUUCUCAGAAGGAACACCCUGUUCCUGUGUGAGGGAUUAGCACUAGGGAAGUCUUUCUCUCGUACAGUGCAAGUAGGAAAACUGAUCUGCGUUGACUUUGAAUUGAGAAAACAAGAGGUAAAGUACAGUAUUUUUUUAAUUGAAGGAAGAUUCUUUUUCUUAGAAAGUGAUAGGAGAAAAAUAUUGAUAUUUUGCUGACAUCAAAAAGCUAGCUCAUGUUCCAGAAGAAAGGUCCAAAAGUCAUUUCAUUUUUUCCUUCAUAGCUGCCUUGAAUAUACUUUUUUGAUAUCUGCAGUACUUUUAAACUAAUGUUUCUUUCAUGGUUCAUGACAGUUAUUCUAAAUUUUAAGUGUUUUCUUUUGGGACUUUAAAAGAGAACAAUUGCUUUUGACAUGAAUUUUUGCUUAUGUAUGUAUUUCUAAGUUGAGACCAAAUGGGCAAAGUCACGGGCAAGUGACAUUUGUGAUGUGUACAUAUUGAAACAAAUGUAAAAGGGUUGCAAAGAUUAGAAAGUCAUAAAAAAACUGCUUGAUUGAUAAAUGCAUUACUUCUGGUGCUCUCUGUAAUGGGAUAUAUUGAACUAAAAUUUUUCUAUAUACAGUAUGUCAGCAUUUCUUAGUAAUUUCUCUUGAAUCCUUUUUUAAUAUCUAAUAUUGUACAGGUUGGGGAGGUACACUCUUUAGGUCAAUACAGUCAAGACUGUUUAAAUUUAUGAAAUAAAUUGAAAAAUUCAUCAUUCCCCUGUAUUCAAGACCAAAGCACAUAAAUGCUAAUGUAGGGCUCAGAGGGGAAAUAUAUUUCUCCUGAAUAUUUGAGAAAAUGUGAAGUCCUUUCAAGAAAAUCUAAUAAACGUAAUAAUCAUAGCCUGCUGACACUAAGGAAAAAGGACCUCAUUCGCUCUUUCUUUCAUGUAGGGAUUUACUGGUCCCUACUGAUUUCCAAAUUGGAUCACUGUAGUAAAUUAUCUGUGCUCAUAGCUGUGAAAGUAAGCCCUGGGAUCCAUAUUUGUUUUGUGUUCUGCUUAAAUCAGCAAGAAUGAUAAAUUUGAUGGUGUGAAAUUGGAAGUGUCAAGGGCUUUCUUUGGUGAUUGAGCAAAAUAAUGUCUCCACUUGUAAUUUAUUGUGACCCUUUUUCACAGUAUGUGCUUUGUAUAUCUAAUAUUUAUUUCAAUACUAAUUAAGUUGUUCCUUCAUCUGUAUUGUUAUAUGUAAGAUUUUAUUGAUGUAAAAAUCAAAUUGUGUAAUAAAAGUCUGAAUUUAAGCAGA